AUGACGAAACAAGACAAAGAUCCAGAUGGCGGCGGGCCUGUCGACACUCGCCCUCCUGGGCCUCCACCUCAAACCAGAUCACAACGCCCCAGUGGAAACUCCAAUUCAUCAAGUUCACCCACGGCAGCUCCCGCCACGGCUGCAACCCAGUCAGAUCAUAAAUCGGCAAUGUCCAGUGGGCUGGACGCCGCUGGUAAACAGGAUAACCCCAACAUCAUCAUACAACAAUCUCCCGCGUCCACACAGCAUCCCAGCAAGGCUUUACCACAAUACACCCCCGAUCAGGCCAAAAAAGACAUUACAGAUGGCUCAUCUUUUCUACAACCCCCGCCACCCCCGAACGUCAGCUUCGACGACGAAUUCAGGGAAGCACAGGAUAUCACGUAUGAGAAACUAUGUGAAAUGGUAAAGGAUUCGGAUCUGGACUCAUUCCUCGCGUUCAGAGACGAAUUGUUAUCGGUGGAGGAAAGCCUUGGCCCCGGUUCCAACUAUUUGCCUCUAAAACAAAGCCUUUACAGAAUAGAGCUCGCCAUACGAGGUGCAAACAUUAUCAAAUCCAAUCGUGAGACUGCUGCUGCUUCUCAAAUGUCUAGCACUGAACCCAACGUCCCCGAGGUGGAAGAUGCGGUCACUGUGGAAGCCGAACCAUCAAAGAAGAGAAGGAAAAGGAAGAAAAAGACGGGUCACGGGGCUGUGAUCGCGGAUUCAACAGACGGCGAGGCCGCAUCCGCCGAUACGCCGAAGAUCAAUAUUUACAAUGACCCCUGGCCCUGGGAAGAUAAUGACGCGGAUCUCGAGCAGACCAUUCGAAUUGAAUCCUCCCUAGCCGAACUUCAAAGUGCUCCCGAUUCAUUUGCACAGCUCGAGGAAGACUUCAAAACGGACGAAUUACUUCCCCCCGGGGAUGCAGAAGCUCCAAGAAAGAAAGGCAAGAAGAGAAGAGGCAAGAAGAAAGCUCAAGGCGGCAUCGAUAAAGGGAAACAAUUGGCAGAAAAUAAAAGUUCCGCCGCAGCUACAUCUUCUCCAUCGUCCAACCUCCCAAGUACUGGCCAAACCAGUGCUGAGCAUACAUGUGACCACAAGCAACACGCACGGUGCAGCCAUACCACCUGGAAGAACGACGACACAAACUUCAGCAAGGUCCUAGCAGAAACCAUCCGUGAGCUGCUUUCAGAUACGCCGCUGGAUUCAAAGCUCAAACUCGAGCUACAUGUGGAUAUGAACAAGGUUAAAAGGCGAGUGGACGAGAUUGAAGCCGCAGAUGGCGAUGCCACCAUAUUGAGCACCAAAAAACAGCUGUCCUCUGCCAGUAAUAAGGCCCCCUUCUCGGCAUUUGGAAAAGUGGUCACCCCUAAAGAGCAGCGAGCCGCGGCAAUUCACCUGUUGUCAUCGCCGAAAUACUACAACGCGUUCCUCGAUUACAUAGAACACCUCAAUUACCUCGUUGCAUGUGGAGAUGAGAAGGCGGCGGCUAUGGCAGAUGAAGCCGACUUGAUUUACCAUGUUGUCACAAAAGUCUACAAGGAAGUGAGCGACAAUACCCGGUCUAAAGUUGAUGACACGGCGCUCAUCGAGAGCGUGACCCAUGCGAAACGUCUUGCAGAGUCAGCCAAGAAAAUGAGAGAGUUGCAGGAGCUCGAACAAGGGAUACGCCGGCCAGAUGAUCCUACUCCGGCCGCUGAGACUUCCGGUCCAGUAUGCGGCCGAACGAUCAGAGACAAUUCACCUGCAUCAGCCGAACUGGAAACCAAGGCUUUGUCUCUCAUUAAGCAACCACCAGUGUUGCGUCGCUUUGUUGCCGAUUAUAAUGCCAUGGGAACGAAUUCGGAUGCCUACGGUUCGUUCUGGGGACAGGAAUCGCACCUCUUAUAUCAGAAGCUGGUGGAUAUGAAAGCUGUGCCGAAUUUCGAUAAGCAACCUUUCAGUCUAGCUGGUCGCAAACCGCCAUCGAUGCACCCUGUGCCGAAUCUUGAGAAGGAGUCUUCCAGUAAAGGCAGUCGCACAACGCCAUCGAUGCACCCUGCGCCGAAUCUGGAGAAGCAACCUUCCAGUGAAGGUGGUAGCAAAAUGCCAUUGAUGCACCCUGUGCCAAAUCUUGAGAAUCAAUCUCUCAGUAAAGACGGUUGCAAAGCGCCAUUGACCCCCAAAAGUGCUAUCGACUCCCUGGCCAAAUCUACUUCAGGCAAGGAAGCCUUCAGCAUUAUCUCCGAAUACUUUGCAUCGCACACGGUUACCCCUGAGUUCCGCCAAACUGUGGCUUCAUACUAUGCCUUUGACGACGCAAAAAUGUCAGCUUUUUUACUAGAAAAGGCGGCAAUUGAAGAGCGGUUCAACUCCAGUAAAGAUGCGAAGUUGGGAAGAGUGAGGGACGAGGUAGAAAAACUCUGGGUGUGCAUUGUGGAGGAGCGAAAGGCCAGAGAACUCGAAGAUUCUGAAGAGGUUGAAAGUGAAUCCAGGCCUAUAAUCUGCAAUCCCUCCAAAACAAAGGAUUUUGUGGAUAAAGUUAUGAGAAAAAUGGUCAAACAAUUUGCCAGAUCAACAACUGGCAUUCGGAGAUUCUUAUGGCCGCUCAAGUUCAUCGCAGAGCAUCCUUCCAUCCAAGAGACGACAAGGGCAGCAUCGGUAUGUGUCUUGACUGAUAUGUCCCAGCUCUCUCGAUAUGCGCCAUAUCUUCGGAAGGCGAAGAACAUGCCAUGGAACCAACCGACUUUGAGCAACCUUGGUGCUCAGCAGCACGUGCAACACUUCAUGGAUGCUGUGGGUUCCAUGAAAACAGCGCUCGAGAGCGCACCACCGUCUGUUUUACGGUAUAAUGCCAACAGGAACCCAUUCAUUCUUCCAAUCACCAAAAGGGCCGGUGUUCCAAUAAAGGCGCAAAUAUUGUAUAAUAUUCGGGACUACGAUAGCGCCUAUAUCGCUGCAUUGGAUGAUGAAGGCAGAGCAUCUGUCAAUAGGGAUUUCCGCCUUCCAGCUAUUGAUUGUCCGAAUUAUUUCAGAGAGACAGCCAAGGAACUCUAUGACAAUGCUGUAGACUAUGCUGCUUUCAUAGAGCAGAAAAACAACUUGGCUAAUCUGCCAGCAUGCUUCGGGGAUGUCGAAGUUCGCCAGUCUCUUGUUGCCAGCGCGCUUCUACUUCACUCUGCUCUCGCUGAGUUGGAUGACUCUUCUCCACAGGAUCGCCUCCGCAUCAUGGAAGUUGUGGCCGCGUCCAGCUCAUACGCAAUAUUACCCCCGGCGAUUGGCUCCGUUGCUAUAUGUAGAGAUACGGUUUCCAGUUACCUCUCGGCCGUACUGAAAGUUGAGACGAACUUUGUGCGUGAGGAUACCCAUUAUCAGGUUGCGGGUGACAAAUCAGGUGAUGAGAGUGCAGGCUCCAAGGGAGUCGGAGUUCACUCAAAGGAGCAUGUGCCAUAUGUUCUAGGCCGUUGGAUGCCAAAUGCAAUGGCGGGGGAACAGAUCUCAGGUAAACCAUCUGUAGCUCAAGAGCCAGUGCAGCCCCCACAGCCUACCCCUAUCAACCAUCGAAUUCCAGAGGCGACCAGCGAACCUCCUGAAGAAUUGACCCCGUCUCAAAAGAAGCUGAAAAAAGAGCUCAUUGCAGCAAAUUAUAGAAAGCAACAAACGGUUCCUCUCACACAGCAUGAAGUUCGGGCCAGAGCAAGGGGCAUCAUCUCAGAUUCUAGUAUGCUCUCUUCAUUCAAGAAGUCGAAGGAAGCCAUGGAAUAUGACACUGGCUUCGAAGACAACGUAGAUGAGAAGUUUUUUAAGAAUGAGAUGAAGAGGAUCUGUGCAGAGAUGAAGAAGAUGAAGGUCGACAUGGAUGCAGGAAUUGGGCCACAGGAGCCAGCCAGACCAAUAUCGUCUUUCAUGCCGCCACCUACAGCUCAACUUUCCGCCCCGAAAGACGUCGAUGAUGCUAUACACCUACCAAAAUCUUCUGUUACCCUGGUUCCACCCAGAAGUAUCAUUAAAUCGCCGGUAGACUGCGUCAGCGUCCAUCACCUCGAUUUCCAAACUUGCCUGGACAAAAGAGUCACGCCAGCCCUUACGCCUACUCCGACUCCAAUGAUCCCCCGCGACCGUGUUGUCGUCUAUUCGCCUCUAGGCCUGCCAGCGCACUUUGAUACUUCUAUGCGGCCCAAUGCUGCGCCGCUGCCAUCUGACCCCGAAUUGGCGAAAGAAUGUAUCAUAUUCGAAACAGCCAGAGCGCAGCGAAAGUCCCUCGCUGCAUAUUUCGCAAAAUCUUUUCACGGUUAUGCAUAUUUCCUCGAGUUUAAAGCUGAGGCUGAAGAGGCCGCCGUGGGGACUGACCCAACCACGGAGGAAGGGUCCAGGGCAAGGAAGAUUCUCAGCGUACUGGACAAUGUGGAUUCAACGGUACAAAUGCUGAGAGUCGGCGCAAGAAGAGAUGCAGGCAAAGAUAAUGAGCAUAUUCAAGCGACUGCAGCGGAUUUACUUUCAGUCUUGGACGAUCGCCCGAGGCUCAUGAUUAUGAUGGAGGCAAUCGAACAAUUGUUUGACGACGAAUCUAGGUACAGGAAUCCAGCUUUCAGCUCUUUGGCAGGUCUAAAGCUUUCCAAGAGGUUCGACGAAAUGGUUACUACAGUAUGCUAUGGUCUAUUCGUCCCCGAAGCGGUUGAGGAUUGGAAAACGGGCGAUCAAGAGCAAGAGCCGAUAGCGAAGCAAGUUCCAAAAAUACCACGCCCAGAGUCUAUCAUUGACAACAAGGUCCGUCCUUUCAUUGGCCAAAGGAGUAAAAGGAUGCCGAAGUUCACAGAUCCGGCUGAUGUCCUCGUAUUCGCAACGGAUAUGUAUCCAGGACUGUCUGAUCUACUUUCGGGCGGCAUCCCGCUGUCCAGCUGCGGCAGGAGUGAUACUGCAAAGUUAUCCGAGAUAGAAAUCCAAAAGGUCCUUGGUGGACUAGAUUCAAUGCCGGUUCCGCCUCAGGCUGUCGCCGAUCUUUACAAGUCUAGGGCGUCAGUGCCAGUGCCCAAGGUCCCACGGUUCACUAACGCCGACGAGGCCGUGGCAUAUAUGCAAUCGCAGAUGGAAGGUGCCACAGUUCCCAUAUCAGUAUCGGUGGCUCCCAGCCUUUCUCGUUCUAGUAUACAAGACAAUAAAGAGGCGGGUUCAUCACGUCUUACUGACAAAUAUGGAGACUCUGUACCCGAUGAAUAUACCGUUGUCCCUGAUUCCACCCCCGAAGGCCGGGCAUUAGGCAAGGCGAUGGAAGACAUACAGCUUUCAGCCUGUAAAGGAGAUGUUCCGACUGAUUAUCAAAUGGCUGCUCUUGGAAAGGCACGACGAGAGUUGUAUGACAGUCGACUUGCAAAGCCUCCAGCUACAACAGGCAAUCCCAGCACAGCAAAGCGCCAUCCAACCAGUCUAUCGGUUUCGGUUCGGGCUGAAAGUCGUGCCGCCACCAAUUUAUUGGCGAGAUCCGAGGCAAUGACGCUCGUGGGUACCAGAUACUUUCCCAAUGCCCAAUAUGCCGCUCCGUCUGAGAAACCGCGGAAUAUAUCAUUCUCGCCGGCAGGCUUUGCGCUUCCGCCGCCCGCCCCUCAGCCUCUUCAGAUUCCAUCGGCACCAGGCAAUAAGCCAGAUGCAUUACUGGUGUCUCUCCGAACACCCAUUACUGAGACGCCUCUCAUUGCCGCGCCCAUUACGGUAGAGGGGGUCCACCGCGAAGUUAACAAACUCUACACCAGUAUCAACAAAAGCAGCGACUUUCAUGAAUGCCGUACCUCAUUGCGCAUCCCUGAUCCCACCAGCGUGGCGUGUCAGCCUCUACUCGACCUCAACAGGGUUUUCGCCACAUACAAGGCCAUCCAAGUGAUUGAGGAGCGGCGGCUUGAUGUCCUCUUGGAAAGUGCUGAAGAGUAUCAGAGUAGCAUCGAACAUUCCAUGGAAGUGGCGAGACUUUGGAACCGAGGGCUCGAUGCAGCCUUGACCAAUGCUAAAGAGUACAGACUAUUCAACAAGAGAGCAAUUGCCGCAAUGAAUGGGGAGUAUGACGAGAUGAAUCAGAGCCCCAAACGCAGGAGCCGGAAGUCGGAGAAACGAAGGAAGGGGAUGGGGAAAAAGCUGGGUGCCCAUCGCAAGAGCAUUAUCGAGGAUUUCGAGGAUCCAGUGGAAUAUCAUGGUGAUGGUCCGAAACUGGGAACUUUCCCGUUCGCUAGAUAA